ACGGCAGCGCGGGAUGGAGACCCAGGAGCCGCGCUGCUGCCGCUGGGGCGGAGGAGGCGGCAGCAGCAGCAGCAGCACCAGCCGCGGCGGCGGCGGAGGCGGGGAGGAGCAAGCCAUAGCCGGCCGGGAAGGGCCCGGCACCAGCCUCCUUUCCGCCAGCCCAUGCUGCCACUCCUCGCCCUCUCUGGCCACCUGCUUGUGCUCCUGGCUCGGACUUAACCUAGGAUAAGCCUCGGCCCAGCCAGGGUUGGGGGGAGCCAUGGGCAGCUCGGCCUCCUCGCUAGCCGCCGAGACGGAGUCGGACCAUGGCUUCUCUGGCCCUACCUACCCAGGGCACCUGGCUGCGAGUUGGUAUAGGAGUAGCCACAGUGGCCCCGUGUGGGAAAGUGCCCUGAUAACACGGCAGCAUCAGCACGUGAGUCACCGGGCACGAAGCCACACCCACUCCUCUGGCUCUAUGGCCGCUGUGCGGGAAUGGUCCUGCACCCGCUGCACGUUCCUGAACCCGGUGGGCCAGCGGCAGUGCUCCAUCUGCGAAGCCCCCCGCCAGAAGCCGGACCUCAACCACAUCCUGCGCCUCAGCGUGGAGGAGCAGAAGUGGGCCUGCGCCCGCUGCACCUUCCGCAACUUCCUGGGCAAGGAGACCUGCGAGGUGUGCGGCUUCACCCCCGAGCCGGGCCCCGGCGGCUCCCCGCUGCCCGUCAUCAACGGGGUCCUGCCCAAGCCCGGCGCCUUGGCGGAGCCCAAGGGGGGCGGCCCGGAGGAGGGGGCCCCCAAGGCGGCGGCGGCGGAGAGCGGCGGCGAGGACUCCGGGGGGAAGAGCCCCGAGCCGGCCGGGCCGGAGGAGGGCUGGGCCUGCCAGCGCUGCACCCUCCACAACACCCCCGUGGCCAACUCCUGCUCCGCCUGCGGCGGGCCCCGCAAGCUCUCGCUGCCCAAGAUCCCCCCCGAGGCGCUGGUCGUCCCUGAAGUCAUUGCCCCCGCCGGCUUCCCGAUGGCGCCCGCCACCCCUCAGCCCAGCGCCGCCCCGGAGAUCCCCGAGAGCCACGCCGUUGCCAACCCGGCCGCCGCCAUGGAGCCCGACAGCCAGAAGAUGCCCAGCUUCAGCCUCUUCUCCCCCGGCCUCCAGAACAACCCCGUGCCCCGCAGCCGCCGCGAGGUCCCGCCCCAGCUGCAGCCGCCGCCAGCGCCCGAGGCCUCCCAGCCGGCCUCCCCGCCGGCCCCCGUGCAGAAGGCCCUGCGCUUCCAGGAGCUGCUGGCCCCCAAGCGGCUGAGCGUGCUGGAGGAGGAGAUGGAGGUGAGCCCCCCGGCCUGGCAGUGCGGUGCCUGCUCCCUCCUCAACGCCGCCGGGGCCGGGGCCUGCGAGGCCUGCAGCACCCAGAAGGGCAGCGACACCAUCGACCUGGCGGGCGACUCGGUCCGCUUCACCCCCGGCGGCCCCUCCAGCCCGGACUUCACCACCUGGUCCUGCUCCAAGUGCACCCUCAAGAACCCGACAGCCGCCCAGCAGUGCCGGGUCUGCGGCUGCUCCAAGCUGCACGGCUUCCAGGAGCACAGCCUGCCGGGCGAGGCGGCCCCCCGCUGCCCCGAGUGCGGCUCCGAGAAGGGCGGCUGCGCCGCCUGCAGCGCCCGGGCCCCCUCGGCCCGCAAGGUGGCCCGCCUCUUCCCCUCGCAGCCCCCGCCCACCCCGGAGCGGCCCGGCCAUUGGCCCUGCCCCGCCUGCACCCUGCUGAACGAGCUGAAGGCCAAGCACUGCGUCGCCUGCCACACCCCGCAGGGCUACAUGGCGCAGCACAAGGGCGCCAAGCCCCUCCGGCGCCGCGAGAGCAUGCAUGUGGAGAAGCGGCGGCAGACGGACGAGGGGGAGGCCAAGGCCCUCUGGGAAAACAUCGUCUCCUUCUGCCAAGAGAACAAGGUCAACUUUGUGGACGACAGCUUUCCUCCGGGGCCCAAGUCGGUCGGCUUCCCAGAAGGGGACAGCGUCCAGCAGCGGGUGAAGCAGUGGCUGCGGCCCCACGAGAUCAACAGCAGCAUCUUCAAGGACCGCUCGGUCAAGUGGUCGGUCUUCCGGACGCCCCGGCCCUCCGACAUCCUUCAGGGCCUCCUGGGAAACUGCUGGUUCCUGAGCGCCCUGGCCGUGCUGGCCGAGAGGCCGGAGUUGGUGGAGCGGGUCAUGAUCACGCGGACCAUGUGCCUGGAGGGGGCCUACCAGGUGCGGCUCUGCAAAGAUGGCACCUGGACCACCGUGCUGGUGGAUGACAUGCUUCCCUGUGACGAGUGUGGCUACCUCCUCUUCUCCCAGGCCCAGCGGAAGCAGCUGUGGGUGGCCCUGAUCGAGAAGGCCCUGGCCAAGCUCCACGGCUCGUACUUUGCCCUCCAGGCGGGGCGCGCCAUCGAAGGCCUGGCCACGCUCACCGGCGCCCCCUGUGAGAGCCUGAUGCUGCAGGUCAGCUCCACUAACCCUCGCGAGGAUCCCAUUGACACUGACCUCAUCUGGGCCAAAAUGCUGAGUUCUAAGGAGGCUGGUUUCCUGAUGGGCGCAUCCUGCGGAGGUGGCAACAUGAAGGUGGACGACGCGGCCUACGAGAGCAUGGGACUCCGCCCGCGGCACGCCUACUCCGUAUUGGACGUACGAGACGUGCAGGGGUGCAGGCUGCUCCGGCUCCGCAAUCCCUGGGGCCGCUUCUCCUGGAACGGCAGCUGGUCUGACGAUUGGCCCCACUGGCCUGGAGUCCUGCGGCACGAGCUGAUGCCCCACGGGAGCAGCGAGGGGGUCUUCUGGAUGGAGUACAGCGACUUCAUCAGGUACUUCGACUCGGUGGACAUCUGCAAGCUCCAUGCGGACUGGCACGAGGUCCGCGUGCAGGGCACCUUCCCGAACAAGGCCAGCGGGCCGAUCACCGUCACCUCGCUGACCGUGCUGGAGCGGGCCGCCUUGGAGUUUGCUCUCUUCCAGGAAGGCAGCAGGCGCUCGGACUCAGUGGACAGCCACCUGCUGGACCUUUGCAUCAUGGUCUUCCGGGCGACCUUCACCAACGGCAACAGGCUAAGCCUGGGCCGGCUGAUGGCACACAGCAAGCGGGCGGUCAAGAAGUUCGUCAACUGUGACGUCAUGCUGGAGCCGGGCGAAUACGCCGUGGUGUGCUGCGCCUUCAACCACUGGAGCACCCUGGCGGCCGGCACCUCCAUGGGUCAAGCGCUCAGCCCCACUCCCAGCAGCGGAGGCCCGGCUGCCGACCUCUCCAGCUACAUCCUGGCCAUCUACAGCUCCCGCCUGGUGAUGGUGGAGCAGAUCGAGGCCCAUUCGACCACGCUGGCGGACGCCAUCAUCCUGCUCACGGAGAACAAGGGCGAGCGGCACGAGGGGCGCGAAGGGAUGACCUGCUACUACCUGACCCACGGCUGGGCGGGGCUCAUCGUGGUGGUGGAGAACCGACACCCCAAGUCCUACCUGCACGUCCAGUGCGACUGCACGGACAGCUUCAACGUGGUGUCGACGCGGGGCAGCCUGAAGACGCAGGACAGCGUGCCGCCCUUGCACAGGCAGGUGCUGGUGAUUCUGUCGCAGCUGGAGGGCAACGCCGGCUUCUCCAUCACGCACCGCCUGGCUCACCGCAAGGCCACCCAGGCCUUCCUGAACGACUGGAUGUCGACCAAGGGGACACACAACCCGCUCCUCACCCCCGAGGUGGCGGGGCUGCACGGGCCCCGCCCCCUAUGACGAAUGGCCCCGCCCUCCCUGCCGCUCUUCUGCUUCUGCCUUUUCCCCGGCCCCGUCUGCCUCGGGCGUAGCCCGAGCCGCCAUUACUGAGCUGCCGGAGUGGAGGAGGAGGAGGACGGACUGUCUGAAGCCAAGCGCCUUUCCUCCCACUUCCCCGGGGUCAGGCAGGGAGCUGCUCAGGUUCCCCUCCCUUGUCGUCGUCCCCCCCCCCACAGAUCAUGCACUUUAUCCAGAGCUGCUGUCAGGAUAGGCGAGCAAGGGAAUGUUCACAACCUGGAGAGGGGCGAGUCCCAGGCUCUGAUGCCCCCCGGAUGCCGGGCCCUGGGACUUGGCCCUCGCCACAGCCGACAGAAAUCCGACGGCUGCAGAAAAUAUACCUCUGGCCACCGUGUCUGUCUGUGUGUCUGCCUCGCCCUGCUGUUGGUCGUGUCGGCCGGGGGCUGCAAAGGGGUGGCGUCGCUGGGGCGGGGGGAGUGGGUGUUGCGCGCGCCCCCCCUCUGUCCCCUGGAAUUGCCGUGGGGAGGGGGCUGGCCCGCCGGAUGGAUCUCCUUGCCCUUCGAAGCGCAGAAUUGGCCAGGUGGUUAUGAAUAUUUGCCGGUGGGGCUGCAGAGAGAGAGACCCCCACCGAAAAGUCCAGUGUGUUAACACCGAUGUAGCUGGGCUUACCAACCACCACCACCCCAUCGCCGAUCGGUUGUUGACUGGAACACAACAAUAUCGAGGGAAGGGGUUGUGCAGCACUGCCGUCUCUGCCAUGUGGCCGCUCACCCUUGGCGAGCUGAAAUGCCUUCUAGGCGACUAGCGGGUGCCGAUGCUUGAGGAGUCGCCGCACCCCAUGGUGGGAGGAGGCUGGUGGGUCCAGUGUGAGGGCUGACCGCUUUAUAUGUCCUUUUCCCCUGUGCAGCUGGCUUAAGUGUGCACAAGUGUGGAGCUGCUGCAUCUGCGUGGGGCAGGGCUGGGGGCCUUCCUCUGCUUCUGCUGCUCCCCACCCCUGCCACGCCCCUCCAAAGGCCAGCAGCCCGGCCCAGGUGGAGGGAAGCAGGCGGGGACCAGCAUAGCAGGACUGUAGAAGCACACCUUCCGCAGCCAGCAGAGAGCCAUGUUGCCCCAUCCGGAGGGGCAGAGCGGGAGGCGUCUGCCCCUGGGGCUGAUCCCUGUAUUUAUCUUCUCUUUGGGGGGGGGAAGCUCUGUACAGGGGAUUGCCUGUGCGUAUCUCAGUGGGGAGGUGUGGGGCUUGGGGCAGAAGGGUGGGGCUGUGAGGAGGCAGCAGAGCUGAACGCAUUGUUUUGAAAAGUUUCGGGGGGGGCGUUCAGUGCACUUAGGGGCCCUUCAGCCAUGCAGUUCGGAGGUGUGUGCACCAUUCCUGCUCCUGGCAGUUGGUCCGCGGCCUGGGCGGACACGCACACUCUCACACUCUUGUGCUUUCCGUGCCGCCAGGUUUCGCACUCAUUUGGAAACUCCCGAGCAGUGUCCCCUGUAUGAGGGCUUCCCCGACCUUGCUGACUGCAACUCCCACAAUCCCCGGCUGUAGCUGGGGAUGCUGGGAGUUGUGGCCAGCCGCAUCCGGGAAGCCCCCAUUACCGGGAACCCCGCGGCCGGGCCCAAAAGUACCCCCGCCACGCGCAGUCAGGCUUUGCACUUCUGCCCUCCACCGAUUCCCCGCUGGGGUUGACCCCGAUUCCCCACCCUCCAAGCAGCAGUGGGCUUGGGCUGGGGACUGUGGGAGUUGUAGUCAACAGCCUCUGGGCAUCCCUAGCAGAGGGGAUCGACUGCUCUCCCCCUUCUGCUUUGGUGCCGGAUGCUCAGCCUCGGGGGGGGGAUGCCCCCCACCUCAAGGAGAGCAGCCUUCCGUUGGUUAGGGGUCUGUGGUGGACGCUCUACCCGGAAGCGCUCUGUAAGAAAGAGGCUGGUCUCUGUCUUGGCUCUUGAGGAAGCCAGUGAACGGAAGACUCCUCCCACCCAUCCCCGCCGGCGGUCUUGGCCCAAGUGCCGGCACGGGGCAAAGCAGAGGCUGCCGGGCAGAGCGGCUCUCCUCCUCCUUUCCCAGGCCCGCAGUGGAGGCAGGACUCGGGGACAGGGUAUUGGGGACAGGGUUUCUAGUCCACGCCGUGGGCUCAGGCACAGGGUAGCAGGGAAGGCACUUCCUUGCUCGGGCACAGGGUCGGAGGGGCAUGUCCUGGGGCGCCUCCGGGGUCUGGCCCCGGCCUGGUCUUCCCGGUUCCGUGGCUCGCGGGCGUGUCCAAGCCAGCACCUUAUAAACCCCGUGUGGCCAUGGGCCUGUAGAUCACUCCAGGUUGGACCGGCAAGUGGGGAAGCCAUCCCAGCUGCCCGGCUGGGGGAUCUGUGGCCCAUUUCAGGUGGGCUGCACCAAUCUCCGGGCCUCUUUUUCUGCUCCACCUUUUUGGAGAGGCGCGCGAUGGCCAUCUCUCGGCUUCUCCCGCAAGGCAGUUGUCAGGUUCCCUUUGUGGGUUCAGCCAUGGAGGUCGGGGAAAUGAGAAUUGCGCUGCAGUAGGACUCCAGCAUUGGAGGCUCUUGACAAACCAGAUCCCGCCAGGUACUGUAAAGAGACCGGGAUAACGUGGCUCGCUCUUACGUUGUGCUUCUAUUCAGUGGCGGCUUUCCGUUGAGAACUGGAAGGUCAGAGGGGCGUCUUUCCCUCCUAUUUCUCUGAUCUCAAGUCCAAAGUGGAUCCUUGUUUCACUGGAAUGCCCUUUCCUCAAGGGUGGAGGGUCCGUGCGGUGGUCAUGCUAUCGGCAAGGUGAACCGUUCCCCCGACCCCUCAAGCCACAUUUUAGGAGCAAAAACAUGGCAACCUUCCAAGUAGGUUACCCUGUUUUCUCCCCCCCCCCAAAACAGGGCUCCUGUGUCUUUGAAAGUGGCACCGCAGGCAGAAAUUCAACAGGUGGAGCUUAGCCCCUAAUAUGGAGGUGCAGUGAUGGAAUUCGUCAGGCCCUGCCUUUCCACAUGGCUUUGAAAGGCACAGGGGCCCUACCGGAGAAGCGUGGCCAACCUCCUUUCAAGGAGGUUGAACACUUGCACUAAUGUCCUCCUGUAAUGUCUUCUGGGAAAUGUAGUUGUGGGGUUUCAGAUAGGUGACCCCGAAAUACGCCACUGUGACCCAUGUGGAGGAAGUGAGGGUUGGGUGCUUCCUUUUUCCCUCCUGGAAUGCUCUUUCUGAAAGGAGUUGAACUGUGACUUCUGCGAGGUGUGUGUGAGGUGUGCCAGUCGCCUGAACUUGUCACAGAUCACGAGAUGUGAUUGGAACUCGAGCUCAUCUGCUGUGACCAUGCCUUUUUAAUUGGCCAGUCUAAGGCAGGGGUUUCCUGAAGUGGUUGGACUACAACUCCCAUUAUGCCAAAAGCCAUUGCAACUGGGGCUGAUGGGAGCUGUAGUCCAACAUCAUCUAGGAACCUCUUGUAGGGAAUGCCUACACUACAGACUCAAGCUGUUGUAACACUCCUUCCUUCUCCACUGGCACUGAGUACUCCAACAGGAUCCUCAGGAUCCUCGUCAAAUCACAAUUCCCAGGGUUCUUGGGGCGGGGGGGGGGGAGGAAUCAUGACCGUGAAACUGAUAUGAAACCACUCUGUAGUGCAAAUGUGCCCUCAUUCUUGGGAGGCAGAUGUGGCUGGAUAGGAGCACUGGGGAUCUCUGACAAGGUGGUGCUGGGAGCCCAAAGGCGGGCUGAAUGGGGCUGAGCUGAGGGCUAAAUUAGCAUUGCCAUGACCUUUUGGGGAAACAGGGCGGCAGUGCCAACGUCAUAUUUUGCUAGUAUAUUUCCACUUCCAUGCAAUCAGGUAGCAAUGGGCAGGAAGCUGGUUUUCUCCCCUUUUCAGUUUGCCCCGUCUCUUUGGGCUCUUCUGGACAGUGAUUUAGUGCAACUUGAGCAGGAAUUCCAGGAGAUGUAACAAGCCACCCACAUGACAAGCUGUGAACAAUCCAACUUUGAUUCUUCCUUUAAAAAGACAUGGCUUUCUCACGGCCCGUCAGCAGAUGGCGCUAAGAACUUGCUCAGUGUACUUGAACGUCAUGUGGACCUCUCAUUACAUCUCCUGUUGGAAUCUGUGCUGAAGUUAGAAUACAUCUCCAUCUGCGCACACCUCACCUGUCUUCUCUCUGUCUGCUUCCACCUUUCCCAGUUCAGCAACCCCAAACUGAGAUGUGGCUGAAUCCGUUUCUUCCUUUGUCUCUGUUCCACAGUGCCCAAAUGUCUCCUGUCUUUUUUUCUCCUUUUGAUGUUUUUUCUCUCUCUCUCUUUGUCUUUCCGUUCACUCUCUCUCCGAGCUGUGAAUAAUUUUUAACCAUGUAAAUAUUGUCCAGCUCUUAUGAAAACAUAGGAUAUUUUAUCAAUUGUAAAUCGAAUCUGUAAUCUGUCCCUGUAUAAUACGAAUUAUCCUAUGGGUGGUUUCAAACUCAGGUUCCAAAGGACCAAAUAAAACAAAAGUUUUGUUUUUUAA